GCCCGGGGAUGCGUCCGUUACCGGAAGCAUAACGCGACGCUUGUUUCAGUCAUUGGACCCGAUCGUAACGGGAUCCGUUUUCACGUUGUUUCUUUUUUUUCUCGACGAAGAGUGCCGUUUUGAAAGCAACAGAAAACACAAAGUAUACACGUAUGACGCGGCGUGCUCGUUCGCGAAUAUAAUGCUACACCUUUUCCACGAGAAUGAGGGUGGCACGGCUAUUACUGUGCUACGUACUUCUCGAAGACUACAGUACCAAUCUCGGCGGGGCUGCAAUUACCAGCGACGCCGUGCGCCAGGACGCUUCUGCGACGAAUCCCACGCUACCAGAUUUGCCAAGUUUCGCCGAGCCGAUCGGUAAUGUGACCGCAGCGAUCGGCAAGGAAGCCGUCCUACGGUGCACGAUCCGGAAACUAGGAAAUUACAAGGUGGGAUGGCUUCGAAUGGAGGACCAGACGAUAUUGUCGAUGGGUCAGCGAACGGUGACCCACUCGCCCCGGUUUCUCGUCACGUUUGAGAGCGCGAAGGCGAAGAAUCAGAGUGACUCGAGGGAGGAGGAGGAAGCCACUUCGCGGCUCCAUAUUCGCCAUCUCCGGGAAGCUGACCGAGGCUGCUACAUGUGCCAACUGAAUACGAAGCCCAUGUUGAGCCAGCUGGGAUGCGUGGAUGUCCUAGUCCCGCCAGAUAUACUGAGUUCCGGCACCUCGGAGGGUGAGGUUUCCGUACUGGAGGGUGAGAAUGCCACCCUCUCGUGUAAAGCCUCUGGAAGACCGCCACCUCGUGUGCUCUGGCGACGCGAGAAAAGUGGUUUCAUACUUAUGAGGGGUCUUCACGAUCCGCUGAUACCAGUGGACAACCAGUCCGGCGAGAAGCUGGAAUUAACCAGGGUAGACAGGAGGCAAAUGGGAGCGUAUCUUUGCAUAGCCAGAAACGAAGUGCCUCCGGCAGUCAGCAAGAGAGUCUAUCUAAGGGUAAACUUUCCGCCUAGCGCUAAAGUUCCCAACCAGCUGUUAGGCUCGCCUCUGGACACGGACGUAUCGUUAAUCUGUUUGAUCGAAGCUUAUCCAAAGACGAUUAACUUGUGGACUAGAAAGGAACAAGUUAUCAUGAGCGGCGGCAGAUACGAAAUUGACGAACGAGGACAUCCGGACGAGGAAUGGAAGACAACGAGCGAACUAAAGAUAAGACAUUUGGAAAAAUCGGAUUUAGGGGAGUACACGUGUUCAGCGUCCUCGAGCAUGGGCAAAGCGGAAGCCACCCUUAGGGUGUACGAGAUCGAACGAGCAACGCCGCCCACCCGAGCCACGUCUGCAAGCUGGAAAAAGUUGAGCAAAGGAAAAUCAAAGUUUGCCCAAGUCACGACGAUCAAUCGAAUCUUCCACCAGAUGAGCACACCAGCGAUGCAGAAAAGCACCGCGAGGAUCGUUUACAAUAAGCACAUGACGACCUCGACCACCGUCGAUCCACGGGCACCUUUUAUCAAGGAUAAAAACGUGUUUCAAAAUCGAGACAGCUCAAACAUACGAAGCUGUGCGAAUGUAAAAACUAGUAGCACACGAAUCUACGCGUUUAGCUUGCUCAUUUUCCUCAGUCUACGAUAAACCGUACCGAUUAGUAAAACAUACGUGCCGAGGUUCCAAAUAACGUAAUCAAGCGCGAACAAAAUGUGAUGAAACGAACGAACGAACGAACGACAUCUACCAAUAUCAGGCGACGAAGUGAAAAAACCGCGACUAACUAAGAAGUUUUAAUUGAACGACGGGAAGUUCUUAUUGCGAUCUCUCAACGACACGAUGAAGCGUCAGGCCACGAGUAUAGUAGCGUGCAGUGCAUAUGAUUAUACGUGUAUUCGUGGCCUAAACUUCUCACGACGAUACAGCGAGAACAAGCGAUCUCUCAUCGCGGAUCUAGUCCGCAGGCGAAACUGUUGCGAAUUUUAAAAAGAUAAAUGCUUACGAAUGUAUUUUUUAUGACCCUUUUAUCCGUUUUUCAAACGCGGGGAAAAGAGUAUAAUUGUCGUGAGCGAAAUGUGUUCUUUAGUUGGACUGAAUGUAACGUUGUCGAAUAUUUUUUUAAUCAACGAGGAACGAAAGGGAAACUAGAGUCUUUUCAUUGAUACAAACGAUCAUUUCCGAUUUGUCGUCUUAUUAGAAGUGACGAUGUAAGUUUUAUAAAUGUUAGCGUCGAAAGCCUUACAUAUGCAGGGUGUCUAUUCUCGAGUGGGCCACCAAGAGUGUCAUUUUUCACGAUAUAUCAUAUCGUUUGCGAAUACACAAAUGCAACAACGAUUCUUUCGAUUUUACUGAUUCAAAUGAUUGAUCAUAUCGAGAAAUUAUUUUCCAUCGUUAUGAAAUGAACAUCCCUUAUUAUACCUAACACCGUUACUUCGUAACGAUUCUUGUUAAUUAAAUUUUUUAUUUUACGUCCAUUUCUGCAAGAUUCGCGGCCAAUCGCGGAUCAACCCCUUCUUAAUCAACUAUUCGAUUGUACUCGAACGCAGACAAAUAAUUAGCAUACUAAUUUGUACGUAAGGGAUAAUAAGAUAAUACGUUUAUUUAUGGGCGCGAUAACCGAGAUCGUUAAGUGGCAUCUUAACAAACGUUAACACGUCAUAUCUAAGUCAGAUUCAUAUCCGUAGGGCGUAUAGUACCGUACUAAUUGUAUAUUUUAGGACAAAUACUAGACCUUACUUUUCUGAUUUUAUGUAUUUUUUUAAUUAACGUAGGCAAAUA